CAAACAAAAACCACUUGCAUCCCAAGUGCUUUCAUGUCAUCUUCGACAGCAAGAACUUCCUCACUGGACUUCUUUUUGUGUCUAUUACCACGACGUUGUCAACGACCAGUUUGGCCUUUCCCACUUUAACUGGCAGGUUGAUGACAAAAAUUAUCACAUUUUACGGACUGGUUGUUUUCCGUUCAUCAAAUACCAUUGUUCCAGCCGACCUCACGCAGACCUUGAUGCUGAAAACAAGUUUUACACAUUUUUGAAAGCUGCAAAUUUAGGCAUUCCAACAUUAGCAUAUGGGAUCGGCUCCUGGCUACUUGUGAAGCACUUUGAAGAGGUUCUGAUGCCGGAUGGUACAAAGAUAAAGGUUUAUUUUUUAAACAAGGAGAUUCCAGGUGCAAUGCACUAAUUUUGUCUUUUAUUUUUUAUUUUUGUGGAACUACUACUAUAACACUACCCAUCCUUACAGUUCAAGACAGUCAUAUUAUCUCGGAGAUUUGUGUAUUUUGGAAUACAGGGUAUCGACAUAGCUUAAAAAAAUAAUGGCCCCCCAAAGUUAUGAACUCAGCUUUGGUCUGAGCAUUAUUAUAAUAUUUUUCUGCAUAGUAUUGUUUAUUCUUGCCAUUAACUUGUUUGUUGCAAUUGUGAGAUUUUUGGUUAGAAUGUUGAUUAAAGCUAUCCGAGGCACACCAGAUGAAAAGCCCAAACUCACAGAUAAUGGUAAAACGUCAGAAAGUAACAAUGCCCUUUCCCCUGAUACAAAUAACAGUGCAAAGGACUCAUCUUCUCAGGUAAAUGAUGUUGGAGUUGUUAACAACACUCCUCCAUCUUCUGUGAAUAAAGAUGAAAAUACAACCAAACCAUCUAAAAGAAAAGGGAAAACUAAGAAAAGCAAUUGAGAUUAAUAGCAAUUGGUUGUGAAGUUAUGUAUAUUUAUUGAAAAUCCAUUUCAUUCAUGAAGUAAUCACCAUCAUUUCCAUUGGUUUUGGUUUGAAGUAAUGUGAAAUGCAGUUUCUUCCCGUGGCCAGAAAAGCUGCUUAUAUUUUCUUUUAAUUUCACAUAUUUCUUUGAUAGUUAUCGGUAUACACAAGUAACACUGAGUUUUGAUGAUGCACAGUAACAGCUCCAAAUCAUAAACAGCUUGUGCCUACAUAAAUAAAUUGCAAAUAGGUCCGCUCAGUAGCAUAUUAAGCGUUUUGUUUGAGAAACAGUACAUCAUUUAUCAAAUUGUACUUGAAAAUGGAAAAUAAAUAUUUUCCUGUGUGACUGAUGUCUGAUGAGCUUCCUUACUUUCUUUUUUGGAGCCUUUUAAAGAGUUAGUGAACCAUUUAUUUGACUUGCAGUUAUUUUAGAUUUUGUUGCACUUUAAAGGCAGAUUGAGGUUUUCUCCUAAUUUGGGGUGGGGAAUUUUAGA